AUGGCUCGCGUGGCGCUUGCUCUGCUGUGCGCGCUGGUACCGCUGAACGCCUUCGUGGCACCCGCCGCACGAAAAGCGCACGUCGUCCUCCGCGCCGAGCCCGAGGUGCCCAUCCCCCCGAAGCCCGGCAAGUCCAUCUCCGCCGCGCAGAAGAGCAAGCUGCUCCAGGAGGCGCAGACGCCCUGGCGCACGGUGCGCACCUUCUUCUACGGCGCCUUCGGCCUCAGCGCGACCGUGGGCGGCAUCACGGCGCUCGCGCAGACGGCGGCGAGCGUCGCGGGCCAGCCCGACGCGCUGCCCCUGUCGCAGUGCGGCGUGAACGUGCUCGUCGACGCGGGCGUCGUCGCCGCGUGCCUCUACGGCAACUCGGUCGACAACGGCGAGGCCGCGGACAUCACGGUGGCCGACGAGACGGCGCCGCUGGCCGACGACGUCGCCGAGGCCCGCCGGGACGCGGUCGCGAAGCUCCGCGUCGACGUCGGCCUCGGCGACCUGAAGCGGUCCGCGGCGGUGCGGACGCUCCAGCGCGACGCGGGCCAGGCCGUCGUCGUGCUCGGCGGGCCCCGCGCCGCCGUCGACGACGCGCUCCUCGACGCGCUCAUCCAGCGCAACGCGUUCGCGCGCGCGGAGUGCGUCGUCGUGCCCGUGCGCUUGGACGACGGCGCCGGCGCCGCGCCGGCGACGAACGCCCUCACGGUCGACGAGGCGCCCUUCGUCGCGCUGCCCAACGCCGACGACGCCGCGGCCUGGCGGUCCUACCUCGAGGACGAGCUCGCGACGGCCGCGGACCAGGGCGCGGACACGUCCGCGGGCGUCGUCGUCGCGCUGAGGCGCGACGGCACCGUGGCGAGCCGCAACGUCGGCAAGCCCCCCUGGCCCCAGCUCAUCGCCGCCAUCGACGCCAAGGCGGAGGUCGCCGCGAACGGCCACGCGACGAUGGACGGGGGCCGGCCGAACCACGAGGACUGGAUCUCGGGCCAGGCGAGCGCGCCGGCCCGCGGCGCGCCGAGCAUGGAGGAGUCCAUGCGGCGGUCCGUGGCCAUGCGCGUCGAGCGCGCGCGCAUCGUCGAGAAGGCCAACGUCGAGGCGGGGAAGCGCGAGAUCGGCGAGGCGCGCAAGGCGAAGCGGCGCGCGUCCCGCGCGUCGCGGGACGAGAAGCCGCGGGAGGACCCGAAGCUCGAGGUGCUGCUCGUGGGCUGCCGCGGUCUGCCGAAGAUGGACAUGCUGCUCGGCAAGUGCGACGCGUACGUCGUCGUCGCCGUGGGCGACGAGACGCGCAAGUCGAAGACGGUCAUCCGGAGCUACAACCCCGUCUUCAACGAGCGCCUCGUCUUCUCCGUGCCGCCCCUCGUCGACAGAGUGGCGCUCACGAUCUACGACUACGACAUGAUCGGGUCCGACGAGCUCGUCGGGAACGUCGAGGAGCCCCUCGUGACGGCCAACGCCCGGGCGAACGAGCUCCUCCGGCGCGACAUCGCCCACGCGACGGCGCGGCGCAAGCACGGCAACGGCUGCGUCAAGUUCAAGCUCAGGUGGCUCGAGGCGGACGGCGCCGGCGGCGACGCCGCGCCGGCGCCGGCGGAGCCGCGGCCCAACGCGACGCGCCGGCGGUCCUUCGACGGCGCCGUCGGCGGCCGGCGCGGCUCCGUCGGCGGCGGCCGGCGGCGGUCCGUCGGCGGGCGGAGCCUCGGGUCGCUCGGCGAGAGGCCGCCGGCGCCCGCGGAGGCCCUGCCGGCGCUGCCCAAGUGGCGCUGCCAGCGCUGCGCCUACGACGACAACGACCCGGCGGCGGACACCUGCGAGGCCUGCGAGCUGAGCAAGGACGCGCCGCGCCGCCGGGGGCGCCGGCUCUCGUUCCAGGGCCUCAAGGAGGCGCUCGGCCUCGCGGCGCCGCCGCCCGAGGAGACGUACGCCGCGGCCGGCGGCGAGGGCGGCGCCGCCGCGGCGGCCGCGGCGGCCCCGGCCCCGGCGCCCGCCGCCGCGCCCAUGCGCCGGAGCAGCGACAUGCUCGAGAAGUUCGCGCGCACAAAAGAGGAGCAAGAGAACGCCGCGAAGCAGGCCGAGACGGACCUCUUCGCGCUCGCCAACGAGGGCUCGGACAAGCGCGAGAAGCGCAUCCGCGCCGCGCGGCGGUCCAAGGAGCGCGUCGAGACCGGCCUCGACCCGGACGCCUUCGGCGACGACGUCGUCGACGCCAUCGAGGUCAAGAAGGCCAAGAUCAAGGCCGGCGCCGCCGCGGGCUGGAAGGCCGCGCGCCGCGCGAGCGCGGGGGCCAUCCUCGCCGUCACGAGCCUCGCCGGCGACAUCAAGGACGCCGCCUGGAAGGACGACCCCCUCAUGUAG